GCGGUGCGUUCAGGGACUCCUGCAGAAGCGGCGGCGGCAGCGGGGAGUUCGUGGAGUUUGUCGGCCGGUUUGAAAGUUGUCAACAGAGGGACGCGGAGCCGGAGCGGAGGAAUGGGCUGCAGCCACAGCAAGAAGAAGAGCAAAGGAAAGAAGGGCGACAAGAGACAGAGAGAGGCCAGCUACCACCGAGAUGGGGGAGGCAGGUGUGUGUCGGGCGAGCUGGACGUCUGUCUGGAGAAGCAGCUGGAGAGGUUUGAGUGGCAGCUGAAGAUUCUCAGGGAAGUGCUGUCGGCCAAUGGGAACCCGGAGGGGGCGGAGCUACUGAAAGACCACGCCCACGAAGAGCUGUGCGCUCUCGUGCUGGGCUUCGCCGACAAGGUGAGGACAGAGACGGCUGCUGAUCUGAACGUCCUGUAUGAGCAGAAGAGCAAAGUCGCCACAGAGGAGCACGACAGACGUGUCGAAGAGCUGCAGAAGAAACACGAGCAGGAGAAAAGUCUUCUGACAGAAAACUUCCAGGCUGCUGAGAAGGUCCUGAAGGGGAAGGUGGACGAGCUGACGGCGGAGCUGCAGGUUUACAACGAGCUGAAGAGGAGAGUGGAGGAGUCGACGUUUAAGAAGGACCUGCAGCGAAACAUUCAGGCCCACGGCAGCCCAGGUGCAUUCUGGGAGUCGGAACAGGAGUCUCUGCUGUUUGUCAUUGAGAUGAAGACGGAGCGCGUGCAGGAGCAGAGCAGGAAGCUGCACCAGAUGCAGGCUCUGGCGGAGAAGAACUCGGCUUUGGAGGAUCAGAUCAUCCACAUCCUGCAGCAGAACGAGGACCUGAGAGUUCGGAUAGAAAACUACCAGAGUCUCAUUCAGCAAUUAUCCAAGGAGCAGCAGGACCUGAAGGGGGCGCUGGAGAGGCAGGCAGGUGUGAACCAGAAGCUUUCUCAGGAAAAAGAGCAGCUGAUGUUCAAACUGCGACACAAAGACUCGUGCCCGACCAUCCACCUGCCCGCCAUCGUGCCGGAGAUCGCACCGCGGUGACUCCGCUGCGCCGAGCGCAUGGACUCGGAUCUGACGGCUGGGUAGAAAUCAAUCAAUCCAAUCGGAUACUCCCUGUUCAACUGUACAGCUCCUGGUAGUGCUUCACAAGACAGCACAGGGUUGGCCUGGCUCACCACUCAACAGCUUCAUACUUCAUACUGGAUAAUAGUUCCCUGUCCCACCCUGUCCUGCACGGUGGCAGCGCUGCUACACUGGGAAUGUGGACGUAAAUCUUACAGACGUCUCACUAAUGUAGAUUACAAAACCUCGAAGAUGGAUCUGGUUUAGCCUCAUGCAGAUAUAAAAACACGCAAAGUGGAUAUUUGCCAUUUGACUGUUGAUCUGCUGGUGAAACCUCCCAUGCUAGCAUGCAUUUGACCCGAUUUACCAGUCAACACCUGGUCUUCCCAUACUGGUCCCACUAAUCACCUACUCACUACAGAUAGCUCGAGGUUAGCACCAUGCCUUACCUAGCACAGCAGCGACUCAGCAACGCUGAUGAACCUUACAUUGGUAGAAAAUGAGUCUAGAUACUUGCUGUUUGACUGUGACUCUGCAGGUAAUGAUUCUUAAUGUUAGCAUAAAGUUGGCCUGGUUUACCACUGAACAGCUAUGCUUCAGAUUUAUAGUAGAUGACUGUUACUUGUCCCGCUAUCCGUUUGCCCCGCUAUGGAUAACCUGAGAUAGCACAGUGGACUCUACCACAGUGGGUACAAGGACUUAAGACCACAUCCUGGAUGGACGUAAGUCGAAGGAGAAUAGUUUGGCCUUCAGACCACACUGGGUAAUACAUGCUUCGCCCUACGAUCCAUUUAUUUACCGUCGUGCCUGAGAUCAAACCACGAUGACUUUGCUGCACUGGGCUUGAAGCCGGACCUUGUCGAUAGAUUGUUUACUUCAGUUUCAGUACAUUUCUCGUAACAGUUCCCAGUCUGACACAAACAUGAUCAGCAAGGCUUCAGUUUUAAAGCACACCUGAUAAUCCCCACCUGUCCUCGCACCGCAGGAUCACUACUCCACUUGUUGCAUCGACUGUACGCUCAAGCCUGUGUGGCCGAUGUGGAGGAAGCAAUGCGAUCGAUUUUCCCAGGGAAGAUUUUCUGAGCCGGUAUUCUCUUUUUUUGUUUGUUUGUUUUGGUUUUUGUCAUGCCUGUUGACUUGCAGACGUUCACAUCUGGAAGCUGCCCACUACAGUCACAGUCCUCUGCUGUUGGAUGCUGAGCAGCUUCGCCUUGGCUCUGAGGUUUAAGUGCCUUGCUCGGCGACACAUCAAAGGUAGCUGACCGAAUGGAGAACGUUACUCAUUCAGAUACCAUGCAAUGACUGACAUACAGGUGAACUAGAACUGCAAUGAACCGGGUUUUAGUGUCUACACAUUCAGAUAAACCUAGUGGUUCUUUGAGGAUCAAACAGAGGUUGAGCAUCUUUGGGUUCGCCACGUGAAAAAUCGUCCCUAAAAGCUUCUUUGAAGAGCCGCCACAUGUUACAAUUUCCUGUAAGCACUGUCAACGCUCAGUUUGUGAACAUGUUUCGAAUUGGUUUCUUCAAGGAAGCUUCUGGGCUUCCUUUAGGGUUACAAUCUGAAGAUCCCCCAAAAAGGUUCAACACAAUGAUUUGCUGGAAGUAUUCGUGAGAUCUGCAAGGAGCCAGUGAGACCUUAGGGUUUCCCAUCAGAAAAAAAAAAAAAAACAAGUCAGUUUUAGAGAGAGGCUCCUCCCUUUUUAUGAAGGGAUUUCUCAAGGAAUCUUGGGGGAUUGAGCUAUGGUUGGAACUGUACAACCUCAUGAGGUUUCUCCUCCCAUGUUGAGCUUAUUUGUAGGGUCUUUGAGGAUCAAACGGAGGGUUAACCUCAUAGGGUUUCCAUGAGAAAAAUGGUCCCUAAAAGCUUCUUUGAAGAGCCGCCAUACGUUACAAUUUCCUGUAAGCACAUAUGCUACAAUUUCCUGUAAGCACUGCCAGGGUUCGGUUUGUGAACAUAUUUCGAGUUGGUUUCUUCAAGGAAGCUUCUGGGCUUCCUUUAGGGUUACAAGCUGAAGAUCCCCCAAAAAAGUUCCACACAAUGGGCCACUGGACGUACUCCUAAGAUCUACAAGGAGCUAUUGAAGCCCUUAAGAAAGAGAAUAAACCAUUCUUGGAGAAAGGCUCCUCCCUAUAUGAAGGGAUUUCUUAAGGAAUCUCUUCGGGUUCCCUGUGGUCGGAACUGUAGAACAUCGUGAGGGUUCUCCUCCUGCAUUGGGGUUAUUUGUAGGGUCUUUUGUAGUUCCAUAGUUUGACUUUGUGCAGUUCACAGUGUGCAGGGAAGGCCAGGACAGAAGAGCCUGUGGAUUUAUGACCCAUCAGGCAGCAGAAACCUGACGUUGGACCUUCAGCAGAUUCAAACACACAGCUGUGAUUUUCUAGCCCUGUUUCAAAUCGAUGCCAAAUGAUUUUUUUCUUUCUUGUAAUGGGUUUGUACAUACUUCUUUUCCUUUAAUCCAUGUCUUUACCUGUGCCUUGCUUGUUGUCUUUAGCAUCACAACCUGAAUGUUCACGGUCACUGGGGUUCAGCUGACACUGACUUAAGUACAACUGACCAGAACCUGCCAUGUUGAUCUGAUCUGUGUUCCAGUUCUGUUUCCUGGUUGUUCAUCGCUGCUGUUGGGUAAAAACACCACUUCCUGCAAACAUCAGGCUUUGAGCCUCACCUUUAGAAUGACGUCCAUUCAUUUCUGUGUUUUUUACAGUUUUGUCAAAGCCCCGAGGGCCGUGAUGUUUUCUCAGCUCAUGUUGGACCAUCUGGUUUUUAUUCAAGCAACAACAAAAAUCAUUUACCAAAAUAAAGCUCAGUGUUUUUACCCAGUAACAGCUGUGAGAAUUUAUGAGUUUUCUUGGACAGUCAACACUGAGAUAAGAAUUAGGCUAACGUUGAGUUUUACAUCGUGUACUUGAUGAAAAGUUACAGAGCAAUAAUAAUCAGUCACUGUAUACACAUUACCUGUAACAAGCUUGAUAAAUGUGUCUAUUUUUUGGUAUAUCUUAUGCUUUGGAUGAUGUGAAAAAUAAUGCCAUUUUGUCAGUUUAUUAUUUCUUCUUAUUUUGUUUUAUUUUUUGUUUUGUUUUUUAAGACCAGGACAAUGGAUUUAUCGUUUGUGACAUUUAUAUUGCCAAAAAAACAAAACAAAACAAAAAAAUUGUCAGUGUUUUGAUGACUUUCUCCUUAUGCACUAGCACUUUGACCAGUAUUUUACUAGCAGUCUGUAUAAGAGAGAUUCUUCCAUGUUGUAUAGUUUUGAAGAUUUUUGGCUUCUUACCAUUUUUUGUUUUGUUUUAUUUUGUCUUUUUCUUGAUUGGAUUACAGUCCAUGGUUUGUUUUCAGCGUGACUUAGAUACACCCAGAUCAUUUUUUUGUGCUUGACUAAAUAAAAAGCUCAAACUAAAA